AUGAAGUACUCCAACACCUUCAUCGGAGCAGUCGCGGCUGUCUCCCAGCUCGCCCAAGCUGCACCAACCAACAACAACAACCACAUCCGCGGAACCUCCAGCAACGAUGAUGGCCCUCUCGUCAUCCUCUCUCCCGAUGAGGUCGUUCCCAUCGUUCCCAUCUCCCAAGUCCCUCAUCACAGCUAUGCAGGUGAUUCCGCCCCCGUGAAGAGCCUCUAUAGUGCCCUCGUUGCUGGUGGCCAGAAGUCAACCCCUGUGUGGUACAGCAAGGCGGCCAAGGCCACUCCUACCAAGGGUCAAGGUUAUGCUGUUGCCGCCACUACCAUCUCUGAAACUCCUGUUAUUAUUGUCUUUCCUCCUCCUUCUCCCGUUACCACUCUUAUUCCUUUUGUCGCUUCCUUUGGUGGUGCUCAAGCACCUGCUGCGUCCUCGACUAGCAGCGACAGCAGCAGCAGCGACGCCCCGCUCGUUCCUACUUCGUCUUCGUCUUCGUCUGCGGCCGCUACUCUGACUAGUACUACGGCCUCGACCAUUGGCAACGGCACUAACCCCAUUACUUCUGCGUCGUCGGACGCGAGUUCUGCUCCGGCUGUUGAGACCAGUACUACCACUUCUACCUCUACUACUACCUCGACCCUUACCUCGGAUGCUGCUGCUACUACUGAUACUGAUGCUGCUGCUCUUACUACUACUGCUACUGCCACUGCCACCGCUACAGCUACCGCUACUGCUACUGCUACCGUUCGCCGCAGGGACGGUUUUGUUGAUGGCAAUAACGGCAGCCAGCAACAGAUCUAUGGCGGCAUUGAUGCUUCUAAAGAUGGUCGGUUCGGUGGGAGUGGUCACGGGAUCUACUACGACGGUGGCAAGGUAGAUGAUGGCACGAAGCAAGAUGCCGAUGCGGCUGCUGCUCCGGCUGCUGCUGCUGCUGUUUCUUCAGCUUCGGUUUCUUCGUCUACCCCGGCUGCUGCUGCUGCUGCUCCUUCCUCAGCUUCGAUUUCUUCGUCUGCUCCGGCUGCUGCUGCUGCUGCUCCUUCCUCAGCUUCGAUUUCUUCGUCUGCUCCGGCUGCUGCUGCUGCUGCUCCUUCAGUUUCGAUCUCUUCGUCUGCUCCGGUUGCUCGUCCUCCUUCUUCCUCAGCUCCGAUUGUUUCAUCUGCUCCGGCUGCUGCCGCUCCUUCCUCUUCGUCUAUUACCCCGGCUGCGGCUGCGGCUGCGGCUCCUCAAGGUGCGCCUGUUCCUACACCUGCUCCCACCCCAGCUGAUAUCCCUGCUGGUGCUUCCGCUCCCGCAGGCAGCAACCUCGUCGCCCAGAUCCCCGACGGGCAGAUCCAAGUGCGCCCUCUUUCCACCCCUCAGGUCGGCGGAGCCAGCAGUGACCCGCAGGCGCCGUCGUCGGCGUCGGUGAAUGCGCAGAAUGUGCCGGUGGCGGUGCCGUCGCCGUGGGCCUCGGUUGUGACUGGCGGCAGUGCCAGCGUGGAUGGGGGUAGGUUGUGGAAGACCAUGGGUAUGGGAUUGGUGGCGACUGUUGUGGGAAUGUAUCUGUGGUAG